CAAAUAUUAAAUAUUAUAAAAUUAUAAUAUUUAUUCUAAAAUAUAUUUUUCAUUUAACUUUUAUUAAAUAAAACUCAAAGAAAUAUAAUAAAAAUGGCAGGACCAUGGACUAUUAAACCAGGAGAUAACCACGGAGGAAUCCCAACUUGGGCUUGGCCACGUUCAACUACUGUUCAUGUUGAGGUAGAAGGUGGUGGUAAUGGCCGUGUUAGAAUGCAAGCUGGUGCAUCACCCGACGAAGGUAAUGACGUUCAUGACAAAGCAACCUUUAGUAGAUCUUUUGGUGGUUCUCGUCUAAAUGUUACAAACAUUGGCUCUUCAACCUUAAAAGUUUGGACAGCAUAAAAAAGAUGGUUAAUUUUAAUGUGCAUAGCUUUGCUUUUAAAAAUAAAUAUCUUUUAUAAAAAAAAAAAAAAAAAAAAAAAAAAAAUUAAAUAUUUAUUUUAUCU